UUGAUUUUCCACCGUGGACGGUUACCUACUCGAGGCCCAGACCCGAAUCAAACGGACUGGAUUAAAUGUUUUAAAUCAAGGGGUGGGAUUAAAUCUGAAGCACACGCUUUUAUUCGUCACAGUCUCCUCCCACACUCUUCAAUCAGUAAAGAGUUUUAGGUUUUUUUUUCUUCUUCUCGGAGGUUUGUAGAAUCAACAAAAAUGGUGGAAGACCACAAGCACGAGGAAUCGAUCUUGGAGAAGAUUGUUGAGAAGAUCCAUGGCCACGGUGACUCGUCUUCUCUGUCCGAUUCCGACGACGAUAAGAAAUCUACAUCGUCUUCGUCGUCGUCCUUCAAGUCAAAGAUUUACCGACUUUUCGGAAGGGAGAAACCUGUUCACAAGGUUCUCGGUGGUGGAAAACCUGCUGAUAUAUUCCUUUGGAGGAACAAGAAGGUAUCUGGUGGAGUCUUGGGUGCUGUAACUGCGUCUUGGGUCUUAUUCGAGUUAUUCGAAUACCAUCUCCUCGCUUUUCUCUGUCACUUUGCGAUUUUUGCUCUUGCAGCAUUGUUCUUGUGGUCUAAUGCUUGUACAUUCAUCCACAAGUCAACUCCUCACAUCCCGGAAGUUCACAUCCCUGAAGAUCCUAUUCUUCAACUUGUUUCUGGAUUAAGGAUUGAAAUCAAUCGUGGUUUGACCCUUCUUAGGAACAUUGCAUCAGGAAAAGAUGUCAAGAAAUUUAUCCUGGUAAUUGCUGGCUUGUGGGUUUUGUCCAUUAUUGGCAGCUGCUACAACUUCUUGACAUUGUUCUACACUGCUACUGUCCUUCUCUUCACCAUUCCUGUACUCUACGAGAAGUAUGAGGACAAAGUAGAUGCCUAUGGGGAGAAGGCGAUGAGGGAGAUCAAAAAGCAAUAUGCAGUACUUGAUGAGAAGGUAUUGCGUAAGGUCAUAAGCAAGAUUCCAAGAGGAGCUCUGAACAAGAAGAAGGAUUAAGGAAUGUGAGUUACUCUCUCAUUGGAAUCGUAGUAAUGGUUCAAGACAUGUUUUGUUAGAAGCUGUUGGUUGAUAAACCCUUUGAUCUCUUGUUAUUAUUAUGUUCAUUAUAAAUUUGGGGGUUUUAACUAAAAAUAUUUAGAUUAUGAGAGAACACGGAUGGAUGAUAAUUAUUGUUGUUAGUUAUUUGUCUUAGUUAAUUUCUCAUCCUUUUAACAGCUCUCCAUGAUGGUAUUCGUCAUGUCAAUUUUGCAUCAUGUCUGAGGAUUGGUCCAUACACAUAAACUCAAAUUGUUUCGUGGGUUUUUCGCUCUUCACUGCUACUGCGAUCUAACUUUAGUUCAUAAGAAUCUUUCUUGUUUUUAUUUGACUAAUAAUAUUCUUCCCAUUCCAUCUCUUUCAUCAUCUCAACAUCUUGUUCAUAGGAAAAGCUAAA